CCUCCUGAUUGGUCCAGAGCGCCGCUCAGCUAUUGGCUGAAUUCACGCACCGACAAUUUGAAAAUCGGUGUUCACGUUGGUUCAGAGUAGCUGCAGCUGCUGCAGGGAGGCAGGAAGAAACACAAAGAUUAGGACUUAAUCUGAUCAAAAACAAAGAAAGUUGCUGCAAUGUUAUCCGGGGAGGACGGAGCCCAGCUGCAGUGCUGUGUGGCGGUGGAGCAUCUGAACGCCUCCGGCCAGGCCACCCGGAGGCAGGUCAUCCGUAAAGCCUCUGUUCUUCUGGGCCGGAACGAGUUCCAGGAGAUUAUCCUCCGGGUCCUCGACGGAAAAGUCCCGCAGAAUUACCACCUGAAAGAAUUCAAACUUUUUACCAAGUUCGCCAGGGAAGGGAAGUGCACCGUCAAACUGCUCCCUGAGAACAUCCAGGUGCUCAUCUCUAACUGCCCCCCCGACCGGUUGAACCUCUUCCUCAAAACCCUGAGCAUCAAACACCAGGCCCGGCUGAGCAGCAAACCUCUGAACGACCGGGAGAAGCUCAAAGCCGGUCUGCCCCGCUGCUUCGAGGCCAUCAGCCCCCUGCAGCAAAAGGACAUCCAGAAGGUCAGUGAGCUGAGGAGUAAAGCGGUUCCCAACGGGCCGACAGACCGCACCAAUAAGACGAUUGUAGCAGGACGGGGACAGCAGGUCAAAAGGUCGAGGAGUGACACCAACUUCAGCCCAGUGAAGGCCAACCCGAGCAAAAAGCCCAUCCUGUCUCUGCCAUCACGUAAGCUGAAUAAAGAACAGGCCGCUGUCCUCAGUGCUGUGCUGAGUGGCAAGAACGUCUUCUUUACCGGAAGUGCAGGUACAGGGAAGUCCUUCUUGCUGAAGAGAAUCAUGGGAUCUCUGCCUCCAAAGAGCACUUUUGCCACAGCCAGCACAGGAGUGGCUGCGUGUCAUAUCGGAGGAACAACGUUACACAACUUUGCUGGUGUCGGCUCCGGCUCGGCCCCGCUGGAGCAAUGUAUCGAGCUGGCUCAGAGGCCCGGGGUGCUGCAGCACUGGACCAGCUGUCGACACCUCAUCAUCGACGAGGUCUCCAUGGUGGAGGCCCAGUUCUUUGACAAGCUCGAGUCAGUGGCAAGGUCGGUGAGGAGGUCUACUGCGCCGUUUGGAGGCAUCCAGCUGAUUGUAUGUGGCGACUUCCUCCAGCUGCCUCCUGUCUCUAAGGGAAAGGAAAAGGCCAGCUUCUGCUUCCAGGCCAGGAGUUGGCGUAAGGUCAUCCAGGUCAACAUGGAGCUAAUGGAGGUUCGGAGGCAAACUGAUCAGUCCUUCAUCUCCCUCCUGCAGGCAGUGAGGGUGGGCAGGGUGACGGAGGAAGUCACCGCUAAGCUGAUGGGAAGCGCCUACCAUCGCAUCGAGAGGGACGGCAUCCUAGCGACCAGGCUUUGUACGCACAAAGACGACGUGGAGCUCACAAACGAGAACAAACUCCAGCAGCUGCCAGGGUCAGUGCGUGUGUUUGAGGCCCUGGACAGCGACCCAGCCCUGGUGAAGACGAUAGACGCUCACAGCCCCGUCAGCAGACUCAUCCAACUCAAAGUGGGAGCUCAGGUCAUGCUGACAAAGAACCUGGAUGUGGCUCGAGGUCUGGUGAACGGAGCGCGAGGGGUCGUGGUGGCUUUUGAGUCUGGAAAACAUGGACUCCCACGUGUGCGUUUCCUGUGUGGCGUCACAGAGCUGCUGAAGCCUGAGCGCUCGGUGUUUAAGUCCGGCGGUGGGAUCCACCUGAGUCGACAGCAGCUGCCGCUCAAACUGGCCUGGGCCAUCUCCAUCCACAAGAGCCAGGGAAUGACCCUUGACUGUGUGGAGAUCUCUCUGGCUCGUGUGUUUGAGAGUGGCCAAGCUUACGUGGCUUUGUCUCGGGCUCGGACCCUGGAGGGUCUGCGGGUGAUGGACUUUGACCCCCGCGUGGUCCGGGCAGAUCCAGAUGUUCUCCUCUUCUACAAGAAGCUGAGGAAGGAGCGGCUGCUCAUGCAGGCCUCCAUGGAUGAUUUUCUUGGCAACAGCAACAAAGAAAACUGGUGAGAAGGUGAAUUCAUCUACAUCUUCUGUGACAUUGUGCACUGUGUGCAUGAGUUAUUCCUCUUGGGACAAUUUUGUUUUUAUUAAAUGACUGCAACCACAGACAAUCUACAAUCGCAGUCUACCUCACGGUUUCAACUGGCAGCACUUGAAGUCACACUGCCAUCUUCUGGUCAUUUGUUUUUUUAAGAGCUUAUUUUUUAUGCCUCAAUUUUUAAUUUAUUAUCAUGAUUGUUGGUAUGUAUUCCAAUAAAGUUUUAGUCAACUUA